AAUCUCUGCGCGCAAAACCCCAUUUAUAAAAUCAAAUUUUCCCGGAUAUUUUUAUUUUAUUUUAAAAGCAAUAAAUAUAAUUUAAGCUUUUUAGAAUCACUUUAAUUAACUUUUUACCCUCUUUUGCAGUGAAGGAUCAUCUUUUGAACCGUCAUGUCGGUGUCCCUCUCCUGCUUCCCUGUAGUGCUGAACGACAAAGAGGACAUGCUCAAGAACAGUCCCGUCCGGGGCUUCUUCUCGGCUCCUCAUCACUACAUGGACUUCCUCCCGCGCACGCACAGCCUCCUGGACCCGCUCAAGUCUCUCGGCCGGCUGGUGUCGGACACCCGCGCGUCCCUGCCUCUCAACGUCAACGGCCCGUUCCUCCUGCACGAGCACGCGCUGUGCGCCCCCGGCGCGCCCUACCUGAACCACAUGAUGCCCAUGUGGGCAAAAGCUGAGGAGCUGGCCGCCGUGGUGACGGAGCACGCGGCCGACCCACUGUCCUCAGAGUUCAGCAGCACCUCAUCCGUCUCUAGUCCGCCCAAAGAGACUCCGUUCCGCGUCAUUUGCGCAGAUCAGACGCCGCAGAAAAAGAAUGCAACUUAUGAUUUCAGCGAGGAGGACUUGUUCAUGGUGCUUUAUGGGUACUCCGGCGGUCAGGAGCGCAGUGGGGGACACGCCAUCUCAGGGGUGGUCCUGGAAAACUCAGACUCCCACGCGCCUCCUCUAGACAAAGAAACGCUUGAACUUCCAGAAGGUUUGGUCAUCCUCCACGCAGUGUGGGGAAACGCGUCCCACUGCGGGGUCUUUGCGGAUAAAAGCUGCGUGCCAAAAGGAACGCGCUUCGGGCCUUUCCAGGGAAAGCUGGUGAACACCAGUGAGAUCAAAACAUACGAUGACAACACGUUAAUGUGGGAGGUGUUUGAGAACGGCCGCCUGAGUCACUUCGUGGACGGCAGAGGCGCGUCGGGAAACUGGAUGUCUCUGGUGAAGUGCGCGCGUUUCCCAGAGGAGCAGAACCUGGUGGCGGUGCAGGUCCAGGGCCAGAUCUUCUACGAGGUCUGCAAGGAGAUCGGACCGGGCCAGGAGCUCCUGGUGUGGUACGGAGACUGUUACGCGCAGUUCCUCGGGAUUCCACUGACGCUGAAGAACCCCAGAGAGGAUAAAAACGAGAUUCCCUUCACAGAAGAUGCAGGUGAGGGCUACAAAUGUGACAGGUGCGGGAAGGUGUUCGCCUAUAGAUACUACAGAGACAAGCACCUGAAGUACACGCGCUGCGUGGACCAGGGGGACAGGAAGUUCCCCUGUCACCUGUGCAACAGAUCCUUCGAGAAGAGGGACAGGCUCCGGAUCCACGUCCUGCACGUGCACGAAAAGCACAGACCGCACAAGUGUUCCGUGUGCGGGAAGAGCUUCUCUCAGUCCUCCAGUCUGAACAAGCACAUGCGCGUGCACUCCGGGGAGCGGCCUUACAAGUGCGUGUACUGCAACAAGGCCUUCACCGCCUCCAGUAUUCUGAGGACUCACAUCCGCCAGCACUCCGGAGAGAGGCCUUUCAAGUGCAAGCACUGCGGUAAGGCCUUCGCCUCCCAUGCGGCUCACGACAGCCACGUCCGCCGGACCCACGCCAGAGACCAGCCACACCUGUGUGAUUUGUGCGGCGCCUCCUUUCAAAAAGAGCAGGAGCUCAGGCACCACAUGAAGAUCCACAAGAAAAGACAAAUACCAGACGGCAUCUCUGUCUCAUCUUCCUCAGUGGGCGGGCUUCCGGAGGACUCAGGAUUACUGGACGACCACGCAGAAAGUCAGAAGAACAAGGAACUAAACAACUUUCCUUACACACCGUUAAAUUCAGAAUAUCGACCUUGGAAAUAGACUUUUUGGUAAAAGUUUCUGUAAUUCAUUGUAAAAACAAACAAAAAAAAA